AGUAACGACAAAAACAUAUUAUAAUAUUAUAAAUUUAUAAUACAUUAGUGAUAAUCCUCGAAGUCGUUGCGUAUCCAGUGCACCCUAUACAUUAUAUAUAUUCACACACAAGUAAACAUAAUAAUAUGAUGAUAAUAAUAAUGUGUACAGUCAUCUGACACCGGUUUGAAGCCGUCCAAAUGACGUUGGAUUUCUGGAGAGAAUCGUAGCAAUGUAGUAACGCUUGAACAGUCGAACUUCAGUGCGCCGUUAUAUUAGCUCGAACGCGUUACGCCUGCAGCUAUUACACCUAUAUCAUCAUUCAUCGGCAACGUCGUACAUCUUUAUAACGACACUGAAAUUUAUAAUAAUAAUAUUAUUGUGAUUUAUGCAUAAAAACCUGUACCGCAGAGUAAUACCGGCGACAUUUUUUUUUAAAUAUAAUAUAAUACUUUAUAUGCGAGUGUAACCCUAUUGAAACCGUUUAACCCGUUGAAUUACUUCAGUUUAUUAUUUUUAUGAUGGAAGAAAACGCGCCGGGGCCGAGCACGCAACCAGAACCGCCCGUAGUGGUAAACGUUCAAAAACCUUUAAAUAAUUCUUCAAUGACGCAGGGAUUCUUAUCCGUAAUAUCUUUACUACCAUGUGUGAUUUCCGGGUCCAUUUUGGGAUUUACUGGUGUGUCGAUGUGGAAUUUGCCUCUGRCGUAUCGAAAUGCGACGUGGUUCGCUAGUCUGGCCGCUCUGGGUGCGGCAGGCGGGUGCCUGAUCUCUCACAGCUUGAUGAACGCGUUCGGACCCAGGGGUUCGGUGCUGCUGAGUCACGUGGUUUGCGCCAUCGGUUGGAUGCUGACGUUCACCAGCUGGACCACCACCAACCUCCUUGUGGGACGCGCGCUCACCGGCGUGUUCGUGGGCGUCGUGUCUGUGGCGGCCACCGCGCACAGUUCCGAGUGUUUCCCGACGCGGCCCACCGCACGGCCGGUCGUCUAUACCGCCAUCGGAGUACUAUGCGUGUACUUGGCCGGUUCACUGCUCAGCUACGCACAAACGGCCGCCGUGAUCACAGUGGUCACCAUCGUAUCAUUCAUUCUCGUCCGGGCGUUCGUGCCAGAGAGCCCGGCGUGGCUGGAGGCCCGCGGUCGCACCGGUGACGCCGAGUACUCCAGGCUCAGGUUGAGACUCCAGCGGCAGACGAAUGCUGGAGCGAUGGAAGACGGUGUGGAACCUUCGACCCGCACCGGARACAGAYCCACGGAAACCGAGGCCAUCUACCGGCGAGUCCACCAGCCCGAGGUCUACCGACCGUUGCUGGCGCUAGCCCUACACUUGGCCCUACAGCAAAUGUCCGGCUCGAUGGUUUUGGUGUCGUUCGCCUCGCAAAUGGUGGGCGACUCUGGCGUGCGCGUGCUCAACGGCCACUUCGUGGCGGCCGUAUUGGCCGCCUUCCUUGUGGCCGGCGCCCUCGUGUCCACCGCCAUGGACCACCGGGAAUCGUCGGCCACACUGGCGGCUGCUGGCACGCUGACGGCCGGCGUCGUCAUCGCCGUCUACAACCUGAUCCGCCGGAUGUUCCUCAACCGGCUCGGCUCGCAGCUGUUGAGCUUCAUCCCGUUGCUGGGUCUGAUCGUGUUUUCCAUGUCCAGCAGCGUCGGUCUGGUUCCUCACUCGCCCGUUCCACGCUAUGCGGUGGGCGAACACGUGGCCCUAGCGUUYGGGUACACCGUCGCCUUCGCAGUCAUAAAGUGCUAUCCGUACGUGCACGCCGCCCUCGGCUGGUGGGUGUUCGCUGUUUUCGCGGUCGCGUCCGCCCUGAACAUCGUUUACGGCGUAUUGAUGUUUUCUGAACCGGAGUCCUCCAAACAGCAGCGAAACAUCGCAGCCAAACGAUCAUCGGCUGGACCGGCAGUUUAACUGUACCACUAUUGACGGUUAAAUAAUAUAAUAUUACAUUUUGCUGCAUUCUUCAACAUGUGAUUUAAGUACGUCACGAGAAAACGAUUUAGAGCGAUGAACACCCACACACACACACACACACACAGAUAUAAUGUUUAGAAUCGUAUUAGGUACUUAAUAUAGUUUAUAGUAAUUUAUUAGAAUGAUUGUAAUUAUUGUGAAGGUCCCUGUGAAGAUUUAUCAUAUUACCUAUUAUAGUAAAAUAAUAAUGUAACUACACUUUUA